AUGCUGUCGCCAUCUGAUCUACAGAACAGUGAAAACGCUGUCAAAACCUCACGCAUGGCCAUGUCGUCCAUGACUCUUCCCCCAGAGCCAGUCAAUGUUACCGGGCGGCAGCGCGAUCUGCUCCCUACCAUGGUUGAUCAACUGGCUUGCGACAGUCCGGACGUCGUUUAUGGGCUAUGGCCAAUAAUGCCUACAUCGUAUGAGGCCGGCUUCCGUGCCGUGACCUACCGGCAACUAGCCAACGUUGUGAACGGCUUGGCAUGGUGGCUUGUGGAGAAUCUCGGGCCCGGACAAGCCGGCGAGGCGUUGGCUUAUGUCGGCCCCAAUGAUGUUCGGCUCUCUGCGCUGUUAUUAGCGGCCGUCAAGGCUGGGUAUACGCUUUUCCUGGCCUCACCACGCAACAGUCCCGCUGCCCAUCAGGCAUUGUUUGAUUCGCUCAAAUGUAAAACUCUGGUAACACCAGAGCCAAUACCGUCGCCGGCACUCGCAAUCAUUGAGGCCGUUAGGCCACGCCAUCUGAAAGCUCCUGGUAUUGAAGAACUGCUUGGAUCAUCGUAUCUUCCAUUUCAAUAUGCAAAGACGUUGGAUGAGGGCCUACACGACCCUGUCAUGAUCAUACAUACAUCUGGAUCGACAGGCUUACCAAAACCGUUGAUCUGGACCCACGAGACAGUACUGAGACAUCAGAAUGCCUCUGGAAGCCGAGCCGUGGAGGGGAUUCCCUCACUAGAGAAGCUUUACCUUGGCAAGCGGGUGAUGGUAACAGUGCCACCGUUUCAUGGCGCCGGUCUUGGCCAAUUCCUUCUGUAUGCCAUCCCAUUCGGUAACACGGUCAUCGCUCCAGCGGCUACAGCGAUCGUCACCGCACAGGGCCUUGUGGAUGCUCUCCAACGAAUACCGGCCGAUUUGGCUUUAUUGGUGCCGUCAGUGGUGGUUGAGUUGGCUCAGAACCCUCACCUUCUUGAUUAUUGCGCUAAGCAUCUUGAACUCAUCGUCUAUAUUGGAGGCGACCUGCCGCAAGCUAUAGGAGACGUUGUCGCAGCCAAGAUGCCGCUGCGGUGCCAGUGGGGGGCGUCGGAGGUUGGAAUGCCUCAGCAAUUGAUACCUACAGAGCUGGAUCCUCGAACUGACUGGCGCUACAUUCGCUUCCAUCCUUGUACAGGUGCUACAUUUGAGGAGGUUGCAGAUGGCACUUAUGAGCUGGUAAUCCGGCGUGAUCGGGCGCUUACUGGUACGCAAACAACGUUUACUAUUCGAGGCAAAGAACACCUAGAUUCUUAUCGCACUCAGGAUCUGUUUGCUCCACAUCCGACCGUGCCGGAUACGUGGUCAUGGAAGGCCCGGGCCGAUGAUAUCAUUGUCUUCCUGAACGGAGAGAAGACGAAUCCUGUCUCCAUGGAGCAGCACAUUGUGUCCAACAACCCCGAACUCGGAGGUGUCAUUGUCAUUGGAGCCCAGCGGUUCCAAGCUGCACUUCUCAUUGAACCUGUUGAUAGCAACUUGACCACGGCCGAACAGGCCUCUUUGAUCGAGCGCGUAUGGCCCAGCGUAGAGGAGGCUAACCGAGUUGCUCCCGCGCAUGCGCGAGUUGAGAAGUCGUUGAUCUUCGUCACAAGCCCGGAACGACCUCUGAUUCGUGCUGGCAAAGGGACACUGCAAAGAGCUGCCAGUCUUGCCUUAUAUAAAGCCGAGAUUGACAAGGUAUAUCUGGAGACGGAAGAUGUUCAGGUAGAGCUGGGAGAUAGUAUAACAUUUGAAGCACUUGACAAUGCUGAGGUUGUCGCGCAGCAUAUUAGGGAGUGUGUCACUGUCGUUACGCACUGGCCUUCCCCUGACGAUUCCGCCAACUUCUUUGAGCGGGGGAUGGAUUCGCUACAGGCACUACAAAUAACUCGAACCUUACGGCGAGGAUUCGGUCGACCCGACCUUGGGUUAUCCACAGUCUACCAGAACCCUACAGUAUCUCAACUAGCGACAGCCAUCCUUUCGACUCAUUCUGACGUUCAGACCGACCGGGACAUUAUGGAGCCACUACUGGCUACGUAUACUAACCUAAUUCAUCAACUCCCAGUGCUAAAGAACGAUGUACCCAAGAGACAGUCCGCGGAUGUCCUCCUAACAGGCUCCACUGGUGCCCUUGGUACUUUUAUUCUAAAGGCGUUGCUCGAACGCAAGGGCAUUGGGCAUAUCUACUGCUUAAAUCGUGGUUCAGAUGGGGGAAUUUCGGCUCAAGUCGACAGGUUCACUGCCCAUAAGCUUGCGACAAGUGAUUUUCAGGAUCGUGUCACUUUUCUUCAAACAGACCUGGCGCACCCUAAACUUGCGCUCGACGAGAACAUGUAUGACAGGCUGCGCACUCGAGUUGGGUUCAUAAUCCAUAACGCCUGGCCCGUCAACUUCAAUCUCAACCUUGCAGCAUUCCGACCGCAACUGGCCGGUGUGGUAAACAUUUUCUCCCUCGCGGCGGCCGCGACCCAUUCAACAAGAGUCCUAUUCAUAUCCACGGUUGGUACUAUGGCUGGACGGCCAGGUGAUGUCGGGCCUGCGCCAGAAACCAUCUUAACGUCUUUCGAUACGCCGCAUGCCAGUGGCUAUACCCGAAGCAAAUACCUGUCAGAGCUCCUCUGCGAUGCCGCGAGCAAUCAAUUGAGAAUCCCUACCAGCAUUGUUCGCGUAGGCCAGGUGGCUGGCUCAGUGAAGUAUCCUGGUAUUUGGAACCCCAAAGAGUGGUUCCCGAGCCUUGUCAUUAGCUCUGUGCACCUCGGCUGCUUACCGGAGAAUUUGGGGACUUUCUCUAACAUCGACUGGGUGCCAUCGGACAUGCUGUCUGAUGUACUGGUGGACCUAGCAGUGCGACCUGCAGAGAACCUGGCGGAGAUUGUUGGCACUAAAGUGUUCAACCUGCGCAAUCCGUAUGUCUUAGCCUGGGAUAAGCUUAUCCCAACCGUACAGGAUGUCAUCCAGACACAUCUAGAAAGCAAGCUCGACGUUGUGGCACCCUCGUUAUGGCUGGACCGACUGCAGAAGGCUUCUGAGAAAGACAGUCAAGAUCCUGCCGUCUCUGUAACUGUCAAUCCAGCUAUCAGACUCUUAAGCUUCUACAGAGACGGUUUGUGGGCUGACAGAGUGGAGAUGAAGCCAAUGUCUGUGGAACAUACCUUGGCUGCGAGCUCAACGCUUCGUAGUCUGACAGCCGUGCAGCCUGACUGGAUUCGCAAAUGGAUUCAAGAGUGGCUUUUGGGUCUAUAG